UUUAGGUUUGCAGUCUCUCCACGCUUUAGGCUUCAGCGCCCCCAGCGCCUCGUCUCUGCCCACCUCAGAUGUGAGAAGCAGACAGAACUGUUCAGAAGAGAGAGAACUUCACAGAAGGCAAAAAUAGCUGAGAAGAAGCUACAGACUACUUGAUGAAAUGUUUCCCAAAGGCUUCCUUUUGCUAUCCGGAUCUGGGCUGCUGUUCCUGACAACAGCACUUUCUCUUGAAUGCACAAAAUACACUGUAAAAACAUGUCAGGACUGCAUCCAGUCUGGCCCUGGAUGUGCCUGGUGCAAGAAACGGGAUUUUACAAAAGUAGGAGAACCAGAUUCCAAUCGCUGUGACACCAAGGAACAGCUCCUGCAGAAGGGGUGUGGGGAGGACAUCAUUUUUCCAAAAAGCUUUGCUCAAUCUACUGGUCAAUCAAAUAACAAUAAACAAAUCUAUCCUGAGGAGGUGCAUCUGCAGCUAAGACAAGAUCAACCUGCUGUUUUUAAUGUGACAUUCCGACGUGCUGAAGAUUACCCAAUAGAUCUUUACUACUUGAUGGACCUCUCAUAUUCUAUGGAAGAUGAUCUGCAAAUUGUGAAGAAGCUAGGAGGAGAUCUGCUGAAUGCUCUCAAAAAGAUUACCAAAAAAGCUCGGAUAGGGUUUGGUGCCUUUGUGGAUAAGACUGUGUUGCCCUUCGUUAACACCCACCCAGAGAAGCUGCAGAACCCCUGUCCAAUUAAGGAGGCCAAGUGUCAACCACCAUUUGCUUUCAGACAUGUGCUGAGCCUGACAGAUGAUGUUGAGAGGUUUAAAGAAGAAGUUGGGAAGCAGGAUAUAUCAGGGAAUCUUGAUGCACCAGAGGGAGGACUUGAUGCCAUGAUGCAAGCCGCUGUCUGUGGGGCUAAGAUUGGCUGGAGUAAUGUUACACGCUUACUGGUGUACACUACAGAUGAUGGCUUCCACUUUGCUGGGGAUGGUAAGCUUGGAUCCAUCUUAACUCCUUGUGAUGGGAAAUGCCACCUGGAGGAAAAUAUGUAUAAAAAGAGCAAUGAAUAUGACUAUCCAUCUGUUGGUCAGUUGGUACAAAAACUUGAAGAAAAUAAUAUCCAGCCCAUUUUUGCUGUUACCAGUAAAAUGGUUGAUACAUAUCAAAAACUCGGUGAGAUGAUUCCCAAGUCUGCUGUCGGAGAGCUGCAGGAAAACUCAAAUAACAUCAUCCAACUCAUACAGGAUGCUUACAAUAGUUUGUCUUCCAAAAUUAUUUUGGACCACAGCCCUUUGCCAAACUUUAUCAAAAUCACAUAUGAUUCCUUCUGCCCUAAUAAAAUACAUACUAAGGAUAAACCAAGAGGGGAAUGUGAGAAUGUGAAAAUUAAUGAUCAGAUUACCUUCCAAGUGAAAAUUACAGCAACAAAGUGCAUUGAAAACCAGACUAUUACUAUCCGGCCUCUUGGUUUCACGGACUCCCUUACCGUGAAUAUGCGCGGCCGGUGCAACUGUGAGUGUGAUGAGGAAAUAAGAGAGAGCUCUGACUGCAGUGGGCACGGGAAAGUAGAUUGUGGAAUCUGCAGGUGCUCUGAUGGCUUUACUGGAAAGAAUUGUGACUGUGAAACUGGAGGCAAAUCCAGCAAAGAACUGGAAAAGAGAUGCCAGAAGGACAAUGCAUCAGUCAUCUGCUCUGGUCUAGGGGAUUGUGUGUGUGGGCAAUGUAUUUGCCACACUGACGAAGAGUCCAAAAAGCAGAUCUAUGGUACCUUCUGUGAGUGUGACAACAUGAACUGUGAGAUUCAUAAUGGUCGACUAUGUGGAGGGGAAGAACGAGGACUUUGUGAUUGUGGGAAAUGCAAAUGCAAUAGUGGCUUUGAGGGCAGUGCCUGCCAAUGCAAGACUUCAACAGAAGGUUGUGUGAAUCGCAAGAGCAGAGUAUGCAGUGGCCGUGGGGAAUGUCUGUGCAAUACAUGUCAGUGUAAAUCAGGCUAUCAGCCCCCAGUUUGUGAACACUGCCCAGGCUGUCCAUCACCCUGUGCCAGAUACAUUUCUUGUGUUGAGUGCCUUGCCUUUGGGGGUGGCCCAUUUCAGAAGAAUUGUUCUCAAGCUUGUUCAACUAUUACUCUGAAAAACGAUGAGUUACCCGGAAGUAAGACAUGCAAGGAGAAAGAUUCUCAGAAUUGCUGGAUCUCCUAUUCUAUGUUUCAAGAGGAUGGAGAAGAGACGUAUUCUAUUACAGUCAGUCCUGAGAGAGAGUGUCCAGCACCCCCUAACAUUGCAGCAAUUGUGGGGGGCACUAUUGCUGGCGUGGCUCUUAUUGGGCUUCUCCUCCUCCUGAUUUGGAAGCUACUGACAGAGCUGAUUGAUCGCAAGGAAUAUCACAGAUUUGAGAAAGAAAAGUCCAAGGCUAAGUGGAAUGAUGCUGAUAACCCUCUUUUCAAGAGUGCCACUACUACUGUUGUGAACCCCAGAUUCAAUGGCCAGUGAAAUGAAACUGUAGCAACAAUUGAAAGCACAAAGAAAUUCUUCAGGAGAGAAACAGAAGAUGUAGAUGUUUACUCAUCAUCAUCAUGUCUCAUUAUGCAUUUUCAAUAAUCCUUUGUGUGGCUUUUGCAAACAUGUUUUGAUGCUAAUGAUAAGCAUUUUUAUCCAUGUCGCAUUAUGCAUUUUCAGAAAGUCUUUGUGUGGCUUUUGCAAACAUUCUUUGAUGCUAAUGAUUAAUUAAAAAAAAUAGGCCUGGGUGCUGGACACACACACCCCAUGGAAUGAUUUCAACUUGCAUUACUGCUUAUCCCAUCAAAGGCAUCCAGUGCAACUUCUCCAGUUAUCAGCUGUUAAAAUCACCAAAUCAGCACUUGGAACUGGGAGUAAAGCAUACAUUGACAGAAUAUAUUUGUUGCAACCUUCAUAAAAGAAGGUUUAAAACCGACAUCAGAUUGUUUUAUAUGAUGGAUGUGGUAGCAGAUAUAAUCUAAAAUAAGCAUUCCCUCCUGUGUGAGAGAAAGGGGUAAAUGCCUCUUAAGAAAGGGCUUGCCAGGCACAGUUUUUAUAUGUACUUCUAUUUUUAAAAUAAAUAAAAGAAAUCUGCUACCUAAUUAAUUGGGCACCACCAUUUAAGUGAUCAAUUAAACUUUUAAUCUAACCUAUUAAUUAAAAAUGCAGUUCUACAUAUUAGGGAGGGCACAAAACAGUAUGCACACAUCUCAUUAUUGAAUAUUAGGUUGAUGGGGUCCCAUUUUGUUCACAUCCAAAGCUUCCAAAGAUUUAAAACCCUGACCCUCAAACCCUUUUCUGCCUUGCCAAAUAGCAUUCAUUCCUUUUAAGUCAGAUAAAUCUCAGGACUCUCUGUUUCUUUGUACACUAUUAAGGUAGAACUAUGAAUCAGCAUUUCCCUAAUCUUGUACAAAACAUCAGUGCAAGAGAGCUCAGUCAAACUGAAAUGUGUUGGAGGAGGUGAGGGAGCACUAAUAUCUCUGAGAAACAUAUACUAAUAUGAAGUAACAAGGCCCUCAGGAUCUAUAGCCUUCAAUCUAGCCUUGUGUAUUGAAAUGAAUAAACUCCCAAGUUGUCAGGUGCUUACUAUGAUAUUAAAAUAAUGUUGCUUAGAUAACUGAUUUAACAUGACUGCCAGUGUAUAAACCUCUAGUGCAGUGGUUCCCAGCCUGGGGGCCGUGACCCGUGGGGGGGCAUGAAGUAAUCAGAGGGGGCCACAAAUAGUAAAGAAAUGAGUUUUUUUUUUUUAGUCUUCACUCCCUGGACACUUUCUGCUUCCCACUGCGGCUGCACAUGACACCUCUCCCUUGCCCCAAACAAGAGGGGAGGAUUUUUGCUGAAGUGCCAGAGUGUCUUUCAGGCACACCAAGGGCAGGCAUCUGCCUAUAAAAUACAUGGCAGAUGCCAAAGGAGGCUGAGGGUGGAGCUAACAGGAAGAAGAGGGGAUUACUAUCACUGAUUCCCGUCUCCUUGCACUGCCGCUACUGGCAACGCCCUUGGUUAGAAUGAGAGGAGAGGGCUUUUUGUGAAGCAAAAAGAAGCAAGCCUGCAAGGAAAGGCUGCUUUCCCCCUUCCUUCCUGGCAGCCAGCCUGCCUUCCUGAGGGGACGGGGUCACAAAAGGUUUUCAGCUUAUAAAGGGGGUCCCGUGCUCAUAAAGGUUGGGAACCACUGCUCUAGUGGGUGUCUGAUUUGUCAAAGUUCUGCGUUGCAAGUAAUAAAUCUCAAGCACCAUUCCUGAAAUGA